UGUAAACAAGCUCCAGUUCUGCAACACUUCCAGGAUUACUAAACGCUCCCAAAGCGCCGAGAACGAAAAAACAGAGGAGGUACAAAUGUGUAGGAGUAAAGCUUUGGUCCAUUGUGGGCUGGUUCUACUGAGCCUGUGGCUGUGCAUCCAGUCAGUGCCUAUAGCUGUGGACAAGACCAAGGCAGAGCUUCCAGAGGAGAAACUGGAGCCACCACAGAGUGCUGACACUGGACUGCACUAUGACCGUUACCUCAAGGAAGUCAUUGACUUCUUGGAAAAAGACAGCCACUUUAGAGAGAAGCUCCACAACACUAACAUGGAAGACAUCAAGGCAGGCAAGCUUGCCAAAGAGCUGGACUUUGUCAGCCACCAUGUGCGGACCAAGCUGGACGAGCUGAAGAGGCAGGAGGUGAGCAGGUUGCGGAUGCUGAUCAAAGCCAAACAAGACAUUCAGGGAGGGAACGACAAAACAGUGGACCACCAGGCCUUGCUGAAACAGUUUGAGUACCUCAACCACAUGAACCCACACACCUUUGAGGUGGAAGACCUGGACCGGCUCAUCAAAUCGGCCACCAAUGACCUGGAGAACUAUGACAAGGAGCGCCAUGAGGAGUUCAAGAGGUACGAGAUGAUGAAGGAGCAUGAGCGGAAGGAGCGCCUGAAGAACAUGGAUGAGGAGCACCGCAAGAAGGAGGAAGAGCAUUACAACGAGAUGAAGAGGAAACAUGCCGACCACCCCAAAGUCAACCACCCUGGUAGUAGGGACCAGCUGAAGGAGGUAUGGGAGGAGGCAGAUGGUUUGGACCCAAAUGACUUUGAUCCCAAGACUUUCUUCAAACUGCAUGAUAACAACGGAGAUGGCUACUUGGAUGAGAACGAGCUUGAAGCACUCUUCACUAAAGAGCUGGAGAAGGUCUAUGACCCCACUCGUGAAGAAGAUGACAUGGUGGAGAUGGAGGAGGAGAGACUGCGAAUGAGAGAGCAUGUUAUGAAUGAGGUGGACACCAACAAAGACCGACUGGUGUCACUGGAUGAGUUCCUGGCGGCCAGUAAUAAGAGGGAGUUCAUGGAGACAGACGAAUGGGAGACUCUGGAGCAAAACCCAUUUUACACUGAGGAGGAGUUGAAGGAGUUUGAGAAACAUCUGGCCAACGAGGAGAACGACCUCAAUAAGAAGACGGCCGAGCUGCAGAAACAGAGGGAGGAGCUGGACCGACAGCAGGAGCAGCUUAACAGCCACAAGUUGGAGCUACAGCAGGCAGUAGAACACAUGGAGAAGCUAAAAGCUCAAAACUCACAAAACCCAGGGGGGGUCAAAGAACCUGUAGCAUUGAACCCUGUGGGUCAAGCAGUGCCAGAUCUACCAGAAAACAACCAACCUCUGUCGCCUGGUCACAAGCAGCAAGACGUACCAGUGUCAGUGCACUCUUAGCAACUGUGUGUAUGGAUGCCAGCGUGCGUGCAUGUGUGUUUGUUUUGCACUCAAUCCCAUUUUCUCACUUUCUUUAGGAUUAACAAGUAUACUUGACCAAAAUAUGCCCAAAUAUUAAGCAUUUCAAGCACUUAAGCAAAUAUGAUUCAGGGCCUCAAAUUUGGAGGCACUUGCCAUCAAUCUCUUCUGCGAGCUGGUCACAGCAGCUGCAUCUAACAAGACCUGAAGUGGAGCACGUCCAAUUUUUCCAUGGACAAUCCACUCUUUGUGUUUGCUGUUUGGAUCUUUUAUCACAAGUAGAACUUUGUUCUCCAUGUGAAAUGCUUUGGGGAGGGCUGUUGGCAAGACAAGUGAAUGUUUUGUUUUACACACUGUAGUUUAUUGUCAGUGACAUUGUCUUGUAGAGAACAUUAUUUAAGAAAUGUUUUUAUUUUGUUCAGGUAAAAAGUUUUAUUUUUUUUUUUUGAUGUGGUAAUAGAGUUUUGGCACAUUUACUUAGGACAGUAAAACUACUGGAUUCACAAGACAACACUCUUUCUGUCAUAAGGCUUUGAUUUUGGCCAAAAAUUUCAGCCACCACUGUGCAUCUUGCCAUUAUCUUAAUUUUUACUACUGCUUUUGAUACAAGCCGACACCAAUUCUGUCACCUACAUGUAGUCAAUUUUAAGGCUAUAAAAGUUUCUACUUAGAAUGCACAUUCCUUAUAUUCUACAGCCAAAUAGAAUUGAAUUGAAUUGUCUCGGUAUUGCCUCUUGUGUAGAAAAAAUAUGAAUAACAUUAUGUUUAAUCAGUUUUCCAUAUAAUCUUAUUUAAAUGGUUUAACUUAAUAUAAUUUUGCUGGUGUUAAGAGUGACGACUGUGUGGAUUUUGAAAUGGUUGUGUACAUAAGCAUGUUUGUGUGCAUGUGUGACUGUGUUUGUAUGAGUUUGUGUCCAAAUGUUUUUCAUAGUGAAUUAUGGUCAAUUUAUUUAAUUCUGCAACACUAUAAAUUAAAUUACAGGUGGUCCUGACAUCUUCCGCUCCUUCAUAGGAAGCAGAAGAGCUAAAUAAAUUAAUAAAAUCAAGAUAUGUCACGAGGGUACAAGCCCACAGGUACAAACUACAGAAAUAUUUACAACUGUCUUUUUUUUCUGGGUCCCUUGUGAAAUCUGUGCACCGUCCAACUUCUUGUGUAAAACAUGCCAACUUAAGUACAGGGUUUGAAUGUGGACAUUAAAAUGAACGAGCUUGCA